AUGGACCAAAAAGAUGUGGUGCAAGGCAGCGUUGCUGCGGCAGAGCCGCGAUGUACUCUUCUGCUUCAAGAUAGCCAGUUCUUGAUUGGUGGUGGUGGAGAUAAAUCCCCGAUAGAAAACUAUAUGAAAGAGGGUUAUCUUUACGAGAUUGAUCACGCUCAGUUACCUCCAAGAACCCCAGCUCACCUCCGCUCCAUCCGAGUUGCUAUGGUCUGCGAGAAGACGGAGUUGAAUGUGGCAGUGAGGUAUCCAAGCAUGGAGUCGCUAAAAGCAUUCUUCAACUACAGCUUGAGGGAGUCUCACCCUUCUUUGGAUGAGAAGUUUGUGAUGGGGUCGGCGCUGGCAGCGAGAGUGCUUGUUCGGAUAGUUCCGGCUGAGAUCUUCAUGGAGCAGAAGUGUUGGAUUGAUUUCUGGGUGAUUGCACAAAGGAAAGGAAGUAGCUGUCUGUCUGAGGCUCUCAAGGGGAGUGGGAUGGUGACAUGGGGGAUAAGAAGGCAAGUUAAGUAUUUGGGUAGGCAUAAGGAGAUGGAUGAUAAUAAUGAUGUUUAUAUUGCUCAGAACUCAUCUUCGAGUUUUGUCAAUGGAGUUGAGGAAUCUCAGAUGGGAUUAUUAGCUACUGAUAUGGAAAAUUGUGAUGAUCAGGAAAAUGCAGAGGAUGUAGAAGAAGAUGAGGAAGAGGAAGAAGAAGAAGAAGAGGAGGAAGAAGAUGAGGAAGAGGAAGAGGAGGAGGAUGAGGAAGAAGAGGAGGAGGAGGAGGAGGAGAAGAUCAAGGUUGAGGAGAUUAAUGAGAACAUGAAUAGAAAGAGGUACUCCUUUAGGAAUUUGAGUAUUAGGAAAACGAAGAAACCAAGGCUUGAGAUCAGAAAGCAAAAGCCAAAUCAGACGCAGAAGAAGAAUCAGAUCAAGAAAAUCAAGGGUAGUAAGAAAUCAAGGGGAUCACUCGUUCACAGAGAUCCAAAAGAUCGUUGGUCUACUCAAAGGUACAAGCUUGCUGAGCAAAACCUUUUGGAGGUGAUGAAAUCAAAGGGAGCAACAGCUGAGAAACCGAUCUUGAGGCCUCAACUGAGAGCAGAAGCAAGAAAGAGGAUAGGCGAUACAGGACUACUUGACCAUCUCUUAAAGCAUAUGGCUGGAAAGCUUGCUCCAGGAGGGCAGGAGAGGUUCAGGAGGCGGCAUAAUCCUGACGGAGCAAUGGAGUAUUGGUUGGAAUGCGCUAAUCUUGUUAAAAUCAGGAAGGAUGCUGGAGUGACUGACCCUUAUUGGGUGCCACCACCUGGUUGGAAACUUGGCGAUUCCCCAACUCAGGACCCUAUAUGUGCUAGAGAGUUGAAGCUGCUUAGGGGUGAUGUUUCAAAAAUUAAAAGAAGUUUGGAACUGAUGGCAACAAAGAUGCAGUUGGAGGAGGAAGUUGGAAAGUUGAGAAGGGAGAUUGGUGAAAUUCAUUACAAGAAAAAGCAACAAGGUCAAGCAUUCACUGAAGAAUCAAACAAGUAUGACAUAAGUAAAAAGCUGGAUCAGCUUACUGCUUCUUUUGAAUCCUUAAAACGUGAUUUUAGCAGCGUGCACCUUUCAGAGGUAUAGUUAAUGUAUACUGAAAAGUACAAGGAACAAUUGAUGACCAUCUCUGAUUUUGUGAAAGACAUUGAGGUAUGUGGUGAGGGAAAAAAAUUACAGUUAGAGGAAAAAGCAGCAAAGAUAGAAAGGCUGAAGAGUGGUUUCAGAAUCUGCAAGCCACAGGGCACUUUCCUGUGGCCAAACAACAACAACAGCAGCAGUUCUGUGAAGGUCCAAGUUGAGGUUCCCACUCCUCCUUCAGUUUCCUCCUCCACCAUGCCACCUCAGCUUCCCUACCUCUAUCAGCCACCACCACCACCACCACCACCACCAUCACCAUCCAUAGUCAAACCCUUGGCUGAAAAACGUGCAGUAAAAGUCAAUCUGAGUCAUGCCGUGCCACCGUACAAGGUUUCUGCAAAUAGGCCGGCGUUGGAGAGUGGUGGUGGUUAUACAGAGACGGCAACGAGCUGCUCUGAGGUAGGAAGCUGGUUGGCACUGUCUACUACUCUCAAGUCUGAUUCCAGCCAUGGUUGA